ACUGCUUCGGAAUGGAAACCUCGCGGUGCUCCGAUAAACAGAAUAUGACAUAGCGUUUAGUUUCAGAGUGUUUGCGGAUUUGACACUUCCGAUUUAUCUUAGAGAAGACAAAAAUUAACCAAUUAUGUCUGUUUGGCUUGGAGUGACGCUUGUCGCGUUUGUCUUAAUAAUCGUCUUCUUGAUGGUCAAACAAUUCUUCUGGAAUCCACGACUAAGGAGCGUCAAGAACAAGCACGUUGUGAUAACCGGUGGCUCGAGUGGCAUCGGAAAAUGCGUAGCGAUUAUCGCUGCGAAACAUGGAGCAAAUGUCACGAUAAUUGCGAGAGAUGUUCAAAGAUUGGAGACGGCUAAAAACGAAAUACUGCACGCCUGCGAGAACAAGGAUGUACAAAAGGUGGAAUAUCUGUCUUUGGAUAUCGGAGCGAAUUACGAAAACGUCGAGAAAGCGCUGGUCGAUCUCGAGAAAACCAUGGGACCAAUUUACAUGCUCGUCAAUUGUGCCGGUGUCGCAAUCUGCGGUAAAAUAGAAGACACCACCGUGGAGAGUCUGGACAAGAUGAUACACAUCAAUUUACUCGGUACAUAUUACUGCAUAAAAGCCGUCGCGCAGAGGAUGAAAGCUUCCAGAGAAGGAGCGAUCGUACUUACGGCAUCUCAAGCAGCUUUCCUAGGUAUCUUUGGCUACUCUGCUUACUGCAGCACGAAAUUCGCGCUUCGUGGCCUGGCGGAAAGCAUAGCGAUGGAACUGAAACCGUAUAAUAUCUCCGUGACACUGUCUUUACCGCCUGAUACAGACACACCUGGUUUCGCCGUCGAAGAACUGUCAAAGCCGCUGGAAACCCAACUCAUAUCACAAACGUCAACGUUAGUCAGGCCCGAGGUAGUCGCCGACAAGCUUUUCAAGGACGCGCUGGCAGGUAAAUUCUUCUCUUCCGUCGGUUUGGAUGGUUUCAUCCUGACGACGUUGUGCUCGGGAAUGUCGCCGUUCAAAUCGAUCAGCGAGCUGUUGCUGCAAGCUUCGCUGAUGGGUCUCCUCCGGAUCGUCAGCGCGUUCUAUCUCACCUCCUUCGAAAAAAUCAUCCAGAAUUGCAUGAGGACACGUGAUAAGAAUAAAAAAUCCGAGUGAUCUCUCUCUCUGAUCAUCUGUGAUUAUCGACCAGAGACUUAAGGUGUGAUACUCUUUUUUUUUUAUUCUAAAACCAAAGCAUUUAAUAUAUAAGUUCGAUAAACCUUUUCACAUUCGAUAUAUAUGAUCUUUUGUGAUAUCAUCGACAUUCGCACAAUUUAUUUCAAUUUACAUAACGUCUAUUUUAUUCGCUCCUCAAUAAAAUGUUUCGCUUUCGCAAUAAGGUGAAAGGUCAUUACAAUAUAAUACAUGUAUAAUGUAAUAUCGAGCAGAAAUUUCGUGUUUCGAGGAACAAAUGAAACAUUCUUUCUUAA